CGGAGCAACGAUUCGUCUAUGUACCUACUAUCAUAGAGCAGAAUACUUAAGGUUCGGCUCGCAGCAGAUGUGUCAGUGAGUUGACAGGUGUGUUCAUGACAAGCCCACCCCCGCACCAACUCGACCAUAACCACAACUACGACUCCGCAACUACGGCCCUACAACCACGACUCUACAACUACGACUACCCCCAUCAUAUCACCCUGCGAUGUCUUGCGUGUCGCCACUUGAUGAGGCUCUCAUGGCAUUCGAAAUGCUCGACGGGAGGAGUCGUCUGACAUUUUUGACGAAGCUUUCGGAGCGAUUCUGUCCCUCGGAUCGAUGGCAGCUUCAGCAGAUCCUCUAUUCGCAAAACAGUUAUUUCGACAUCGUCGGGAAUCUACCUAUCGAGCUCGCCACCCAAGUGCUCUCCUAUCUUGAGCCGCGCGAAAUAAUUCCCUACCGGCGCGUCGGCAGACGAUGGCACGGCCUCCUCACGGCGGACUCGGUGUGUAGUGCGUUGCUUAGGAAGUGGUACCCCAAAGAGGCCACCGUGUGCGAGGAGGAGGAUCAGAGGUCCUGGAGGCGAAUGUUCGAGAACGAGGUGUCGCGCGAACGGGCAGUCCGCAGCCCACACUUGUGCGAGCGCAUCCAGAUGCCACUCGAGCAUGUCAAUCCGUUCGCAAAGGUCGCGUCAGUCAUGGGCCAGCGAUUGGCGCUCCUCGCAACAGACCAUCGGUCAUUCGAGAUAUGGCAACUCGGCCCGGGGUUAGGCCAUCGAAUUGUGGGCGGUUUGGCUGUGCCGGCACGUACCACAUUGAACUGGGUCCGGCUGUUGGAUGACUAUGUCAUGGUCUCGGGGGACGAUGCGGCCCAGAUUUGGGUCUGGCAGAUUGGGAAUUUUGAGAGUCACAUGUUCCGACUACCCAACGCUGAGCGCAUUGUGGAGGCCGACGGAAAUCUCGCUGUCUUCGCAUGGCGUGGUGGGAUGUUGCUGUACGAUGCUCCCACCCGGAACAUGGUCAGCCUGGGCGACUCAGAAAACUGUGAUGCUGUUUACAUCGACGCACGUACCCAAAAAGUCAGUCUUCUGAAUAAUCAUCUGCCAUCAAUUAAAACAUACUCGAUUGUUACUGGCGAGCUUCUUCAAGAGAUCAGCGGAUGGUUUCGUGAGCCAGUUGAUCAAGGAGCCAUUCCGGUGCACAGAGGGGGACGUUGCGCGGAAAACCUCCACAUCAUCGGCCAUCUGUGGGGACAUCCCCAGAGAUGGGCCGGUGCUGGCAACUCGGAGGAUGGAAUUUCUACCCACGCCACCAUAUUCGACAGCCGCGCAUGCCGCAUCAUGUAUCAACAUCUGUGGUUCAAGGGAAUUCGCGAGUUGCCGAAAAAGGUGUACAUGUUUGACGGAACAAUCCACGCUUUGCUGCGGGAUUGCAGCGGCAUCGCCAUAGCGACACAUGUACCGAUGGUUACUGGCGUCAACGGCAACAGCGGGUCUUUCUUCGAAGUGAACUUCACGAUAGUUCGCAGCGAGGAGUGGGGAUUCGAUGACCGUACCGCCUAUAUGUUUCCGAUGCUUGCCAUCCCACCGGAUAAGGCUGUGUUCAUGACUUCCAAAUACCCUUUCAUCUUGACGAUGAUCGUCUAUAAAGGGAUUCACGAGCUGGAGGAGGGGAAGGAAGAGGUUGGAGGGGUGAAGGAGGAGCCAGAUGAGGCACCUCCAUGGCAGAAGGGACCAGAGAUAAUGCGCAUGGUGACAUAAUGCCGUACCGGUAUGUGGCACAGGCAGAUUAUACUGUGGGAGAAUUGCCUGAGAUACCUGUAUAUUUUCUUUGUGUCCGUACUCCACGGUUGGAGAUUUAUGUGCCUAUUAUAUCUGCAAUUGUCGUAUGUAGCUGCUAAUAGCGAGCUUGCUGUGUUUGGGUUGGCCAAACGUUGGUCCAAUUUUUUACUAUUUUUGUACCAGCAGGAAAUGCGAUCCACAAGGUCUCUUUCGUGGUCAGCUUUCUGUCAGUCCCAGAAUCUCUGUUGUCUAUGUACGGCCGUCUGUUGAUUCUCUAGAUUCUGAGGGCCAUUCACCACACUAGAUGAGCAUUCGAUCACAUGACUGUCUCAAUGAAUCUACACGA